AUGACUGAAUCCAGCCAGUCAGACCCCGCUCAAUCUAUUCCCUCUGCAAAAGACAGCGAUGAGCACCAACAACGGAGAACAGGACCUGGCGCCUCCCAGAUCCUCAAAUCCCCUAGAGAGUACGAUGGGAUAACCCGGUCUCCAGAGGUUCUAGCCGCCUUUGUGUCUCUGAGCUCAUUUUCGAUUUCGAUUGUGAUCCUCCACCACUACGAUGGUGUCUCGGCUACGGCAUGGCCAUUCGGCGCGUUGACACUCAACAGUCUGGUGGCCGUACUUACCACAGCGACUUGCGCGGCGCCGCUGGCCCUGUUAUCCAGUGCCCUUAGCCAAGGGAAAUGGCUUUGGUUUACUGAGAAUAACAAAAGGCGCCGGCUUGCUAUUCUUUGGAAGGACUCGGUGAUCGUCUUGGUUAUGAGCCACCUUGACACCACUCCCGAGCAUGAGAUCGCCUCGCUAAGGAACUCCGGUCAGUUGCUGCACAUAUCGGAAGAAAUACGCUUCGCACUAGAGCGGAAUGAAGGACCUCUUGUAUUUUUCGAGAAGCGAAAUUGA